AUGUGUUAUACCGUAACACUUGCUCCAGCUAUUUCGAUUGUGAAACAUAUUCAGACUGGAAACUCGCCGCCCCCGCACCCCGCGCCGGAGCGGGAGUCACCGGCGACAACAGCGCCGCCCCCGCACCCCGCGCCGGAGCGGGAGUCACCGGCGACAACAGCGCCGCCCCCGCACCCCGCGCCGGAGCGGGAGUCACCGGCGACAACAGCGCCGCCCCCGCACCCCGCGCCGGAGCGGGAGUCACCGGCGACAACAGCGCCGCCCCCGCACCCCGCGCCGGAGCGGGAGUCACCGGCGACAACAGCGCGGCACCAUGCCCACCAUGCCCACAGACACACUCAAUAA